CGGCCGAGCGAGCGAUACGGCCGAGCAGUGCGGUGCCGACUCUUGCUGCCGCGGUUGCAGAUUCCGCGGUGUGUGUGUGCGCGCGUGUUUACACGACGAGAGGGAGAGAAAGAGAAAGAGAGAGCACGAGAGGGAGAGGGAGAGUUUGCGCCGCGGAGGCGAGGGCAGGAGAGCUCGAAAGAGAGAGAGAAAGAGGAGAGGAACUUGCGAGAGCAGAGGAGAAACGCAAAAAAGUGGCGGAGAAGUCGGCGAGUCGUCCGCGAAACACGGUGCGUACGCGCGUGUUCCGUCGAGCAAGUUCCUCUCUCGCAGGAGGAUUCACGCAGCGCCGUGAAUACGUAUACGCCUCAGCUCGUGGUAUCGUGCGGCGUAUCGCGAGGUAUCGCGAGUUAUCGCAACGAGCAACGGUCGACGGGAGAGAGAGAGAGAGAGUGAGUGAGUGAACGAGCGAGAAAGACGUGUAACAAACGUCUCAGGCGUAGCGUCGUCGUGCUUCGCGCGACGUGACCGGCACGCACACGCCGCGAGAAGCGCGAGAACGAUAACGCGCCAACCACUCUCGCGUGGCUGCCUUUAACGGGGCGUGGGUGCACCAUACCGCGCUGCACCACACCACACCGCACCGCACCGCACCGCAACGACGGUGGUGCGGCGAGACGGCGGGUGGUGCGCGUAAUUCAAAAGGUGCGCGCGACGGCCGCGGCGAGAACAUGACAGACGACACGGAGUGCGCGAAUUCGAGGCGGCAUUGCGUCGCGGGUGAAGGGACGAUAAUAUAAACGUAGUGUGGCAGAAGAGAGAAGGCGGAGGGAAAUAAACAGAGAAGAGGAGAGCGAAAGAGAGAGAGAGAGAGAGAGAAGGAGAGAAGGAGGACGCACGCGAAGCCAAGAGGAGAGAAACUCCUCCGAGAAAGAAAGCUCCCAACAACCGAAGUACAUCCGCGCGGCCAGUGAUCCCGUGUUGCGGCUCGCGUGUUGCGCGCGCGAGAACGCGUCUGGUGAGUGUGUGUGAGUGCCGAGAGGACCCAGGCCGCGCGCGCGAGUGGGCCCAGCAGGAGAGAGAGGAAAGAGAGGAGAGCAGAGACUUUCGUAGCUUCCGGCCUGUCGGCGCGGAGGCGUUCCGGCUGACGGUCCGUAGGUCUCGCGAGGAUGCUGGUAACGUCAUCGACGGUCGUUACGGCGAAGGCUACGAUGACGACUUCGCGAGGUCUCGACUGAGUUCUCGACUCUCGGGAUUUACCGAGAGAGGGUGAGAAAGAGAGAGAGAGAGAGAGAGAGAGAGAGAGAGAGAGAAAGAGAGAAAUAGAGAAAAAGAGAAAGGACGACAAAGAGAGAAAAAGAAAGACAGAGAAGAGGACGAAAUUUCCGCGCGGUACGCCGCGUCGGUGAUCGACGUCGGUUCCGCCGCCGCGACGACGUUGGCAUCGGGGAGCGUCGUCGUGCUACUGGCCGCGGCGUGUUAAUCAGGUGUUCGCGGAGCGAGAAAGGUGAAAAACCACGCUCAGCGAGCAGUAACGACGGCAAACCGUUCUUUGUAAGUCGUCGUCGUCGUCGGAAGAUUCGGAGUCACGGCGACAGUGCCUAAACACGAGCGAUAGUCGUGUCGAGUAACCGAUGACUGUGUUCUUCAAUUGCUGUCGCUGAAGACUGGAUAUCGCAUCCAGUGACUAUUCGCGGUCUUUGCAAUUGAGAGACAAGCGAGGGAUAUUACUUGCGAGCACACUCGCGGUAAUCGAAAGACUCGCGCGAGAAGAGGUCGGCGCGAAGGUGGUCGUGCAGCGACCAGUCCGCAAUCACGCGAUCCGGAGGACCCUUCUCGGAAACCACCCGCGAUCCUAACAAUCGCUUUCGAAGGAUCUCGAAGCCGGUAUCGAUCCCGAGCCGUAGCGUGGAAACGCGCGGUGGGCUUACUCCGUAACGGAGUUACGGAGGGAUUACCCAGAGACCCGUUUCUACCCUAGAAACGAACCGUCCUCGUUUUCGGUGGCGACGGUCGAAGAAGCGUCUACUCGGCCACGCCGAGAGAUCCGGAAGGAGGUAACGUGAGAGCGACGUCGCGACGCCGGCCGACGGCGGAUCACUUCCGGUGAAACCGACAACGCGUACGGCACAGCCAGGAUGCAGGUGGCAACGUUGUUCAGGGAGAGCGCUACCCUGCUGGGUGCGUCCAGCCUGGACCCCCCGCAGACUCACCAUCAUCAGAGUAUGCACCAGCCGCAGCAGCAACAGCAGCAGCACCAGCAGAUGCAGCAGCAGCAGCAGCACGCCACCGACAUGCACCUAGUCGGCCACCACAUGCAGCACCACUACAAGAUGUACCCGUCACCGGUGCAGAAUGGAGGACCAAACGGCACGACGACAAUGAAUUGCGCGAGUUCUCAAGGGGUGAUGGUGAAGCAGGAGGCGAGGGACGACGGUUACGAGACGAGUCCGGACCUCGAGAUGAGGAGCACCGGCGGUGACAGCAGUCAGCAGUAUCACACGCCGCUGACACCACACACGCCGCACACACCGCACACGCCGCACACGCCCCUCACGCCGAUAUCGGCGACAGCGCAUCAACCCCAGCAGCCGGGCUCGACCGCCUCCACCCUCGGACAGGUCGCGAUAAAAUGCGAGACGCCGGUGGACCCGUAUUCGUUCGUCGACGAGGAGAUGUCGAUGAGCGGCAUGAGGUCGGCGAGCAGUCCGGGCGGCGGCGGUGGCGGCAAUCCCGAGAGCAUGACGUGUCCGGGCGGCGCCCAACCUGGGCUGGGUACACCCACGUCGACGCCGCCUGGGGCGCUGCCCGGGCCACAACAUCAUCAGAUGAAUCUUGUGAUGAACGGCGCCGGCAGCGUCAAUCCGCAGCUGGCGCAUCAGCCGAAGAAGCGGGGCCGCAAAAAAAAGUCGGAGAUGAUACUCACCCCCGAGGAAGCGGAACUCGCGGAGGCCAAGAAACGCGCGAAGACGUACAAAGAGAGGAAGAAGCACGACAGGUUCGACGGCAUGCCGGAAGAGGAAGUGAGCAAGCGCGUUCUACCGGACCACCUCACCAACAACCUUGACAUCAUUAUAAUUGGUAUCAACCCCGGGCUGUUUGCGGCUUAUAAGGGGCAUCACUACGCUGGACCUGGAAAUCACUUCUGGAAAUGCCUACAUCUGAGUGGUCUCACGCCCGAACCAUUGACUGCGGACGACGAUUACAAGCUUUUACGACUCGGCAUCGGCUUUACAAAUAUGGUAGCACGUGCGACGAAAGGCAGUGCGGAUCUUACAAGAAAGGAAAUUAAAGAAGGCAGUCACAUUUUGCUCGAAAAAUUACGAAAGUAUAAGCCAAAAAUUGCUGUAUUCAACGGCAAACUCAUAUACGAAGUAUUCUCGGGAAAGAAGGAGUUCGGCUUCGGCAGACAACCCAACCUCGUCGACGGUACUAACACGUAUAUGUGGGUUAUGCCCUCAAGCAGUGCGAGGUGUGCGCAACUACCACGUGCUGCUGACAAGGUGCCAUAUUACGCUGCCCUGAAGAAAUUCCGCGACUACCUAAACGGUACGAUCACGCACUUGGACGAGUCCGACAUCGUGUUCGCGGAUUCGAAGCUCAAGAAGAAGGAUCACGAGCCGAUUGAGGAUAAGAAGCCAGUGUUCACCGACGAUUUGCCCGACGGUGAGAGCCGAAUCACGGAGAUCAACGGCAUGGGGAUUAAGCAGGAGACGGGCGUGAUACCCGGCAAGAAGAAACGCGGCAGGCCGAAAAAGAUAAAAAAUCCGGAGGAUCAGCCGCCGCCGGAUCCCGAGAAGCUGGACGCGAACGGCGAGGUUAUCAAGAAGCGCCGCGGUCGCCCGAAGAAGAUCCAUCAGCAGCAGAAGCAGCUGGAGCGGGAGACACGCGAGAGGGAGCAGCAACAGCAGCAGCAGCAUCAGGUGAUGGGCCACUUGAACGACGGUUACGGCAACGUGUCGAACUGCUUUUCACCGCCGCUGAUGUCACCGCCAAAGUUUCCGCAUAUGGCGCCGUACUCGCAGCCGAUGAACGACGGGUUCUUCGGCCAAGGCAUGAACGACAAUAGCCCGUACAUGAGCUCAAAGCAGAGCCCGGUGCACCUGCAGCAGCCGCACUACAGCCAGAGCCCCAAGUCCAUGUCGCUGUCCUUUACGCACUCGGACCUGUCGUCGGAAAUCAAUACCGCAAUCUCGUCGGAGAACAAUCUCGAGCCGUCGCCUUUGACGUCGCCUAGCGUCGAGCAUCCGGACUUUGAGCCGCCCACCAGCAUGUCGCAGCAGAAUAUGGGCAAUGACCAUCGUCAGUACAAUCCGGCCGGGGGUCCCGAUCCGACGGGCCACCAUGGCAGCCCCGGCACGCCGUCCCAUAACAGCUACGCCAACUACAUGGGCUAUCACGAGCAACCGCCGGACGCGCACAAUCCGCAUCCGCAUCAAACGACACCGACGCCCCUCAGCCAGACCGAGGAGCACUCCCAUCACUCGCAUCCGACGCCGCCGCAUCCGCACACGCCCACCCACAUGUCGCCGCACCAUCCGCACGAGCAGUACGGUAUCAAGAGGAACGCCAGCCAGGACGUGGCGUCUAAAAGUCUGAGCGACCUAGAAUCCCUCGUGGACCAGAUCCCGAGCAUAGCCGACGGCGGUAGCCAACGUCUGCAGCAUUCGCAUCCGGGUAUGCCGGGCGACGAUACCCUGGCGGAAAAGAUGGACGCCCACCAUCAGUCGUACAUGUCCGGCUUCGGUGGUAUGCCGACCGGACCAGUUGGAAUGACCAAUUACAGUCCACCGUUGCCACCGGGUAGCGGUAUCUAUCCCUCCUCGCUGCACCACUCUCCCACUGACGCGGGCUACGGAGGUUUAUACGGCAUGAACAGCCGCCAUCAUCAGGACUCUCAGCAGCAGCAGCAGCAGCAGCAGCAGCAUCAACAGCAGCAGCAACAGCAGCAGCAACAGCAGCAGCAGCAGCACAGCAAGUCCUACACGGUGGAGAAUCUCGCAUCGAGUAACUACACCCCCAGCAUGAAUCACGGCCACCCUGGUAACUCGUACCCUAACAUCAUACCCGGCCACUACCCGGUGCCGAUGGGCUCGACCAACGGCUAUCUCUUCGGCGGCCUCGAAUCUAGCCUGAUGCAGCGUACAUACGCGGGAAUCGGCGGGAUGAGCGGCAUGAGUAGCAUGCACCCAUCCGCCGCCCUCGGCCACCCGAUGGCGGCCAACCCGUACCCGUACAACGGUUCGUACUCAAGCUCGUUCGACGCUUACCCGGCGCCACCGGCGGGCAUACACGCGCCCAGCGCCAAUUACCCCGGCUACGUCGGCACGGCUGGCGCGGCGUCCGGCACCGCCACCACGCCGCCGUCCUACCUCGCACCGUCGCAUCACAGACCGCCGGUCGACCUCUCCUACGACGGUGUAUGAUAAUCGAUGUGAGAUACCGUUCGCCGACCCACCACCAGCCCCCAAUAAUCCUCUCUCUCUCUCUCUCUCUCUCUCUCUUUCUCUCUCUCUCUUCCCUGCAUCCCCAAUCCUCUCCACCGCCUCCUGCCGAUCGCCUCCUGUGCGCGCGCGCGAGCGACGCACGUAUCCGCCGCGUUUAUCUUUUCUACGUAUUUUUACACACGUCUUUUAAGACACGGCUCUCAAACGUGUCGGGGUCGCACCGUCGCGCGUCGUCCCCCUCCUCCCCUCUUCCCGAAUCAUCACUUUCCCUCUUUAAAUCGCCCUCCGCGAACCAUCACCCCCACCGCGAGAUGCUACUUGCAAUCUGCGCGCAAUCUUUUGCCUGCAAUCAUCGACCCAUUUGCCGCUGCACGGUACACUCUAUUUCCUCUUUUUCUCCCUCCUAUGCUCAAGUCGGUUUUACGUACAAAGGAAGUCCCAAAAUUGACGGAAUAUGGAUAUGUACAUUUUUCUUUCCCUCACCGAGAAACAUCGAGAAACUCUGAUAGCAAUAAUGAACUAAUUAGCCGAAUUAUCAUUAGAUAUGUACGGUGUGUGAUGCAUUUGAUUUGUGAUGGACACUACUUUAAGAAUCUGAAGCUUAGUUCCUGAAACAUUGAAUUGAAAUCGAGGUUGUAAAAUUGUGCGAAAAUGAAGACGCCCUCGAGGCCGUGCACGCUACAUUGCGUCUUUAUUGCGUCAAUUUUGGGGCACCCUACGCGACUCGUCGGUCUUUCGUUUCAACAGCCCUCCGCCCUCUCUCUCCUCCUUUCACUUUGCAUCCCGCACUUCUUCGUACUACUCGUCGCCGCGCCACUCUCUAUUUUUCUUUUAUCACGCUCUCGAUAUGUGAUUACGCCGUGAGUAAUUACGGGCGCGCGGCUCGGGAACAGGAAAGCCGCUCAUGAAACGCGACUAUACGCGCACGCAACGAACGAGAAACGUAAGCCUCGGGUAGAUCAGGUUCGCCGAUCGCAUUCUGUACCGAUCCGAUCGCUAAAACACACUUACACGGGCACGCAUUCCGAUAACCAUAACGAUUAAAUGACCUUAAUGCCGAAUAGAUCGCGAUUACGAAUUCGGCCGACGUAGCCGAGGUCGGCCGAGCACAAUGUAAUUGCCGCUACUCUUCUCCUUUAUACAUCGAUCAGGAGAUAUCGAUCGUCGCACUGAUAUAUUGCGCUAAUAGUUAUACGAGCUACAAUCACCGAAAUCAUAUUUCCACGUUUUCGUGUUUCGAAGAGCAUUCACGUUUGCAAGUGGGAUAUAUAAAAGCACGCAUAUAUCCCAACUUGCAAAUUGCAAAUUGUGUAAAUUGCUAUUCUCGAAAGUCAGUAAGAAACGACGCAUCUAUGAAGUAGAACACGAAAAAUUACCGGUUAUCGAAACGAAUGUAAUUUUCGAUGAGUUUACCUUCCCGACCAGAAAUGGAGAUAGCUUAUUUUGUUGAUUAUUUGACUAUAUCAGUAAUUAUAUCAAAUGGCUUUUUAUAUUGAUAUAAUUAUUGAUAUUGAUUAUUUGACUAUAUCAAUAAUUGUAUCGAUGGGGCUCUUUAUAUUGAUAUAAUUAUUGAUAAAUUUUUAUAAUUGACUGUGUGCAAUAAGCAUUUUAGUCAGAAAAGAUUCAAAUCGUCACUGAGUCGAUAAAUGUUUGAUAUCGAAUAAUAAUCUAUUUUUUUUUAUUGAAAAAAAUAAUUUUAUUGCAUACACUUUUAAAAUUGAAUUUAAAUAUAUUAAAAAAAAAAAUACUAAAGCUUUAAAAUAUACAAAAUAUUACUUGAUAACUUUUUGUUAUCUUUGACUUCGCAAUUCAGCAGUUGCGAUAUCUUUCUAUAAGGUUUCUAUUGUCUUUCAAACAAUUCUCUAAUAUAAUAGCAUUGACGCAAAAUCGGAAAAACAAAGUAUUAUAUACACAUUCUGUGUACUCGAUGUUAGAAUACCGUUAUGCUAAGAAAAAUUGAUCUAUAAUUAAUUGAAUGACCAACAUAAGAAUAAUUAUGAUGACAAUCGAAUGGACGUCGAAUGGACGUUCAUUCAUCUUAUUAUUAGCUGACAAAUUUUUUAUCAUUUAAUGAUUUUUCGAUAAAACUCAUUUUCUAUACAAUAUGCGAAAGAUAAUAUGACAUAUAGAUAUUACGUAAUAUCAUUUGUGAAAAAUGAGAGUGCAAUAAGCUAAACCCAAAGUAGAUUUAUCUCCAUAUCUGUCGGGAACAGAAUUAAUCGAAAUUUACAUUCGGUUUUGUUUCGGUGAAAAAUGCGCUACGAUUGGAAUAACAACACCAUUUACUUAUCGUGUUUAUGCAUUGCAUUAUCGUCUUAUAUUAUUGUUAGCCUGUUGUAUUGUUGUUAUUACUGCGUUAUGUACUUGAUUAAUUAACGCGUCGAACGUUACUUUAGAGAUCGCGAAACGCAUUUUCAUGUCAUCGGAAUUGUUAUCUCAAUAUUGUCCAAGAAGUCGACUGUUUGCCUCGUUUUACGCGACACGACGACAAGCACGGACUCGUGGAAACGUGAGAGGAUACGUAAAAAUAUAAUUUCACAAUCGGGUUUCUCGUAACUUCGAUUCGAUUCGAUGCUUUUUCACGUUCCUUUUAUCAUAUUUAACGCUUAGACUAAUUUGCUGUACCAGCAACGAAUAUUUCAUUAUGGCACAACCGAGCGAAAUCUAUCAAGUGAAAUUCCUCGUGAACUUGAAAUUUUCAAUUCAAUUAAGCUCGGCUCGGUGCACCGUCGAAUUUCUCUUGGCGAAUUUCUUUUGUCAAGAGCCAGUGAAAUCUUCGAUCAUUCGUGAUGUCGAAAGCGGAGUAGUUAAAAAGUCACGUAAAUAUGACUUUUAAGAAAUAACGUUACGUGCGUCGUGUCACGUAAAUAGUCGACUUCUUGGACAAUAUUAAGAUAAGUAAGAGAAAUCAAGAACGCGUUCGAUCGAUUAGAUAUCUUUGCGCUCGGAGCAUCAUUGAUUUUGAACGCGCGAAUCCGCAUUUUUGCGCGAACGGAUGUUUCUUAUUAAACCCGAAUAAAAGAUAAGUCAUCAUUUCUUUCGUUUGUUACCUUUCUUGCCCGCACGCAUCAGAGUGCUGUGGAUAAAAUAAUUUUUGACAAAACAUUUUCCAAUUUUCGCUUUCGUUAUCCCCAGCGGAAAUCGCAUUUCCUCGUCGAGCGCUCUAACGAGAGACGGGAGCGUGUAGGAGAAAUGUCACCGAAUUUAGGCGUCGCUCUCGCUCUCGCCGAGCGCGUGAGCUUUCGUUUUUGCUAACAAAGUAAAUAUUAAUUGUUAUCGUCAUUGUAUCGUUAAGGUUACUGCACAUAGCAAGGGGAAGAUCAAGCCCGAUUGCGUCGAUGCAUCUUCGAUCGAAACGUGGCGCGGCCACUUUCGUCAAUAACGUUGGUCAAAUUUAACCAUAGUUUAAUCCUUGCCCGGACAAAACCAAAGAAGAUAGACGAGUGUAUAAGAAGCACGGAUGCACGUUAUAUUAGUGUGAUACACGAAAAUUAAUAAAAGAAUGAAAUAAUAAUAAAAUUAAUAAAAUUUUUUUUAUUUUUUAAUUUUAAUUUUAUUAAUUUUAUUAAUAAUAAUAUUAAUAAAAUUAACUGGGAUACCUACUAAGAAUCUCGGUACCCCAGCUCGUGAUAUAUUCCGAUAUUAUAUAGAUCCAUGCUUCUAUACUCGUCUACCUUCUCUGGCAAAACUGUUUCUGAACGUCGAACGUCGCGACGUUCAGAAGGAAAGUAACGAUGUUACUAUGAAAGUAUCGAUUAAAAGUUUUUCCUUUGUAUUCGUUUCCUCCCGAAAUCGGAUAUAGAGUCAAUUUUACAUGAGAGAUACCGUUUAAAUUGUAGAUGUAACGGUAACUUAAGCGGUUAAAUGCCAACUCAAGUGCUGUUCGUCGUUUCCGAAUUAAUAUUUCGAGACUUUGGGAUAUUUCCUGCUAUUAAAAAUUCCAAAUUUCGGGAUAUAUUUAUUCGCGCGACCGUUCGACUCGCGUCGCCCAGGGAGAACCGGGAAAUAACUUAUUUAUUCUCCUUUCUCUCUGGGAACUGGGACUAGAAGGAGACAGAAAAUCGAUUAAACUAAGGUUGAUGUUAAUCGAUGUUAAUAGAACCGGCCUUGCAACUCGCGCGCGCGGGACGGAAUUCGCCUGACACCGAUCGACCGAAUUUACGACUUGAACCUCGGGGUAAGAGAUCGCGCCCGCGCGACCGGAUGCCGAGCUUACUUUUUAACGUAUAAGGAGAUGUAUAAGAAUUAUACACCUAUUAGAAACGCGUGAGAAGGCAGAGAAGUAGGGAGAGAGACUGUUUCGUGUGUGUACUUUGUUCGUCAUCGUCGCGCCAUCCACUUUUCGUAUCUGUACCUCGCGCCCGCAACACGUACCAGCCAUUUCGCCAGUUUUCUCGUUGCAACUCUGACUAUAUUAUUUAUCGUUAACAGUCUCGAUAUCGCUGUGGAGUUACAUACGUUACUGUCGUUAUUAACAUAAUAAUCGCGUUACGUUGUCUCGUUGAUUAUAUUCUGUUAUGCGUUUUCGCAUUUUGCCGAAAGUCACUAUAUAUUAAUACACGAUUAUAUGAAAACGAACAGACGUUACACGCAUACACACGCACUCACGCACCCCAUACACACACACACACAGACACACACACACACACAUACAUACAUACAUACACACAUGCAUACGUACAAUACGCAAACUUACACGCAGUCGUAAUAGAUAUUUAUAGCUGGCAUUAAUCGGCAUCCUCCUUUGUCGCUGACCGACGCUGUAAAGUGACGCAUCUGGCAUGAUUAUAAAUAUAUAUACAGAUAUAAAUAUAUAAAUAUAUAAAUAUAUAUAUAUAGAUAUUAUAUAUAAAUAUAAACUAUAAAUAUUAUAUAUUGACUAUAUGUAAGGAUAAGGCGAGCAACAUUUAUCUCGGGUGAAAUCACCUAGGAUGUGUCGAGACAUUUAAGAUGAUGCACAGGGUAUAGAUGAGAAUCGUUGAUAUAAUAACUGAUGUCUAUAUUAUAGAUGUUUCUUUCGUUCCAUCAUCGGCCUCAAACACACACACAUACACAUACACACAUACAGAUAUACAAACAAGCACACACACACGCACACACGCACGCACACACACACACACACGCACACACAUGCACACACAGGCACACAUACAGACACGAUCGCGAGUCACGAGUACAUACGAUCGAAGUUUAUUGUAGUAGAUGUUUUUCAGAAAUCCAAUCCGAUUUCCGGACGGCGGCCAAGAAUAAUAGAUGUCAUCGGUGUGUUUAGUCGCGCAGCAACGUUCAUCGCAAUCGAAAAGAUGAUGAGGAUUAUAAUACACGUAACUCUUGGCCGGUCGGACGCCGACCGGCGCAUCCAACCAUCGCACUUACUAAUUAAUUAAUUGACUCUUCGAUUAAUCAAAUUAACUAACUGAUUGUAAAUUGAUCGCUAUAUUAAGGACUUUACUAUUAAGUAUAAAUAUAUAUUAUACAGAUAUAUAAAAGUGUGGAUUCGCUGUUGAACGUGUCGAAUAAAACAAAGCAAAAAAGAAAAAAUGGAAAAAAAGUGGCAAAAAUCCGACAGGAGUUAAGUAAAAAAGCGAGUAAGAGAGCUUGGGCCGGGGGAGACUUUUGCCGGCCUCCGACAUAUUUUUUAAUCGCUUCGAACCUCUAUUAUUCUACCUUACUAAUUAAACGUAAUGGUGUAUCUACGUGUGCGUUCGAACGAUCGGCCUGAUCCCGUAUCGCGGAUAACCGCUCUGUGGCCGUGUCCUCCUGUCGCCGAUCGGGUCGCGAUCGCUCGGGCAAUCGAGAUGUGUUCUGUAUCUGAAUUAACGACAUGUACUUCUCGAAUUAUUCAUCGCUCCUACGAAAUAUCGCGGGAUAAGGAAGGGUGACGCGGAUAAAGCUCGUCGAGACCGGACGACGCAGCAGCUUCGAAAGAAAGGAAAUAAUAAUAAUAAAAAAAAGAAGAAGAAGAAUCCUCUCCUUGCUCCCUUGCCGCCCGAUCCUAACGAAGCCCACGCAGAUCUCCAGACGGACGUUACAUUGGGUGCUCAGUGGAUACCCGAGUAUCCCGCAAUAUGUAAAUCUGUAUGUCUCUGCUCGUACUACUACGAUAUUUUAUGUGAAAAAUGAAUUGUUACAAAAUACAUUACUGAUAUAACACCGAAA